AUGGUAGCUGUUGCUGCUUCUUUAGCACUUGGUAUUAAAACAGAGAAGCGUGUCAGCCUAGAUCGAGUUCGUGUGAGAGGCAGAUCUCCAGCCUUUAAUGCUCUUGCUUCCACAUUUGAGAAUGCAAAUGCAAGAAACUUGUCAACUCCUCCACCCCUUGUGAGAAAAUCGUAUCCAAAAUCCGGUGCCACCAAUUCCCCUAAUGCUGUCGUGCGAUCCACCGCUAUAACAUCACUAACCGCCACUUUUGAACAACUGCCGCCACGAGAACCUCUCAUGCCUCGUUCUGUGAAACGAAUUUCUAUUGGUAUUGUGACUGCUAUUGCAGCUCCUGCAAGCAUUAGAGUUGAUUUUGGAGGAAAUGGAGGUCAUGCUAGAGCUGCUUUAAUGCCACAAAGAAAUGAUGCAGGUUUGGCUACUGCUAAGCGGACACUAGCUGUGGAAAACAUGUUCUUGAAUCUGGAUCCAUAG